AUGGUUCUCGAUAUCAGGUACUUCCGUAAUAGCAACCUUCUCCAGCUCCUGCGAGCUUCCGAGGUGCGCAGGUGUGUCGCCAACUCCAUGGUCGACUCGGUCAUCACGGCUGACGAAGAAUGGAGGCAGGCGAACCACACCUAUGAGCAAGCCAAGCGGAAUUACAACGACAUAUCCAAGCGGAUUGGUCUCGUUGUGUCCGGGAAGGCGCCUGCGGUCGACGCCGAAGGCAAACCCGUCGACAAGGCCGAAAUUGUCAGCCAGCUUAAGAAGGAGGCCGAGAACCACAAGGAGGAGAUCGCGAACUUGCUGAACAAAGCAAAUGAUCUCAGCAAGACCCGUGAUUCCCUGCUACGUUCGGUCGGGAACAUCGUUUCGGAAGACACGGUCCCCUCGGCUGACGAGGCGAACAACCUUACUGUGGCCCACUGGGAGCCGAGCAAAUACGGGUGGGAGCAGUUCAUUGAAGCAAACAACCUCCAAGAAUACCGUGAUGUAGCCUGCAAGACGGUCGGUGAACACAAUGUUAAGUUGCCGCCCUGGAAUGUUAUGAGCCACUGUGACGUGCUCAUUAAAAUUGGUGGCGUGAACUUGAAAAAGGGAGUAGAAAUAGCCGGACACCGUGGUUACUACCUGAUGGGUCCGGGAUGCCUGCUUAACAUGGCCCUGAUACAAUAUGGAUUGGACUUCCUUAGUCGCAGGGGAUACCAACCCGUCAUGCCGCCCUACUUCAUGAAAAAGGACAUCAUGGGCCAGUGUGCUGAGCUAGCAGAUUUCGAAGAGACGCUCUACUGCAUACCUCCACUCAGGGAUGCGGACCGCAGCACAGCGAACGAAGCAGCGGGGCAGCAGCAUGCUGCCGGAGCGGCCAGGGACGAGGACUACGAGAGGGAAAAGCUAUUCCUCAUCGCCACUAGCGAACAACCCAUUGUGGCUCUUCACAGAAACGAAACAUACUCCAUCAAGGAGCUCCCGUUGAGGUAUGCGGGCGUAUCGACAUGCUUCAGAAGGGAGGCCGGUGCUCACGGUAGAGAUCUAAGGGGCAUCUUCCGCAUACACCAGUUCCAGAAAAUUGAGCAGUUCGUCGUCUGUGGAGCGGAAGACUCAUGGAAGCACCACGAAGAAAUGAUCGGCGUUUCAAAGGAGUUCUACGAAUCGUUGAACUUACCUUACAGGGUCGUAUCUAUUGUGGCCGGUGCCCUCAACAACGCCGCCGCGAAGAAAUACGAUCUCGAAGCCUACUUCCCUGAAAUGGGAGACUACCGGGAACUUGUGUCGUGCUCCAACUGCACCGACUACCAGUCCUGCGACAUCAACACCAAAUACUUCGAGAAGGACACCGCACAAAGGCAGUAUUGCCACAUGCUGAACGGCACGCUUGUCGCGUCCCAGCGCACGCUGUGCUGCAUCCUGGAGAACUACCAGACUCCUACAGGUGUCAUGGUGCCCAAAGCGCUGGUGCCGUACAUGGGAGGUGUGGAAUUCAUCCCGUUCGUUGACGGCAAGAACGCUGCAGAAUGA